AUGGCCGACGAAAUGAGCAUGGGCAAGCCGCAGUGCGGUGGUGGAAAGGAGGAGGGUGAAUAUGACCUUCCUUUACAUACUGUUGGUUUAUUCCUUGUCAUGGGAGCAUCAAUCUUUGGAGCCGGCUUUCCUGUCGCUGCAAAGAAGAUUAGUUGGUUAAAGGUGCCCGAAAAGGUCUUUUUUGCAUGCAAGCACUUUGGAACUGGAGUACUGGUUGCAACAGCUUUCGUACAUCUUCUCCCCACUGCUUUUGGCAGUUUGUCCGACCCAUGCCUUCCAGAUCUGUUUACCGACGACUAUCCCCCCAUGCCCGGUGCAAUCAUGAUGGCGUCUCUCUUCUCCCUGUUUGUUAUUGAACUCUGGAUGAACGAAAAGAUGGGCGGUCACUCGCACGGUGGUGCCAAGGGGUUUGAAGCCAGCAUGACGCCGGAGCAAAUGGCCAGGAUGGCUGGUAUCAACGCACCGCCGCGUCCUCCGCGGGCCAGCCAGGACUCGUACGACACCAUUGCGUUUGAGAAGAAGAUGGCCCAGGCAAUGGAGAAUGAAGUCUAUGGCGCCCCGGUCCAGAACCCCUUUGGCGGCGAGAUGGAUCAAAUGAACUCGGCCUCCGAGAUGCCGCCGUGGUUUGUCGUCUUCUACGAGCAAUAUGUCCGCCAGCGACUCGAGAUGUUGUCAUUGAUCAAGGCCUCGGGAGUCCCGGCACCCAAGCAGCAGGAGGUUGUUGUCGCAACGGCGCCCAUGUUCGAUGUGGAGGGCCAGACUGUUGAUCCCAUGGUUUACAAACGCAUGUCCAUGAACAUUACGCUCCUCGAGGGAGGUAUCCUGUUUCACUCGGUCUUUGUAGGAAUGACAGUCUCCAUCACCAUUGAGGGCUUUGUCAUUCUCCUGGUUGCCAUCUUGUUCCACCAGAUGUUUGAGGGUCUCGGUCUGGGCUCUCGUAUCGCUGCGGUGCCCUAUCCCAAGGGGAGUUGGAAGCCGUGGCUGCUCGUUAUUGCCUUUGGCACGACUGCACCAAUUGGUCAGGCCAUUGGACUCAUCGCCCGUAACACUUAUGACCCCAACAGCGCAUUUGGACUCAUAAUUGUUGGUAUCUUUAAUGCCAUCUCCUCCGGUCUUCUCAUCUACGCCGCCACGGUGGAUCUGCUCGCUGAGGACUUCCUUUCGGAGGAAGCGCAACACAGCUUGACUAAAAAGGACAAGAUCAGUGCUUUCUGCUGGGUCUUGACUGGAGCUGCCGGUAUGUCCAUCGUUGGUGCUUUUGCCUAG